AUGGUGGAAUCGGAGGGCGAGGCGGAGGUGGCGGCGUGCACGGCGGUGCUGACGCCGCCGCUGUCGCUGGAGGGCGGCCUCGCGGCGGAGCUCCGCCCGGCCAACCUCGUCCAGCGGGUGCUCAGCCUCUUCCUCAACGUCCGCCCGGGCUCUGACCUCUCCCACUUCCAGCUGCCGGCGACGUUCAACCUGCCCAAGUCGCAGCUACAGCUAUACGGCGAGGGGGUGUACUGCGCCGGCGAGGACCUGCUGGGCCGGUGCGCGCGUGGGGCGGACAGCCUGGAGCGCCUCGCCGCCGUGGUGGCGUGGAGCAUCUCCACGACGCGGCCGCCCAUCUUCGGCUUCGCGCCCUACAACCCGGUGCUCGGGGAGACCCACCACGUCUCCACCUCCGGCAGCAGCGGCCUCAACGUCCUGCUCGAGCAGGUCUCGCACCGCCCUCCCGUGACGGCUUUGCACGCGACGGACGCGCGCGGUGACGUCCGCCUCGUGUGGUGCCAGAGCCCGGCGCCGCGGUUCCACGGUGCGAGCGUGGAGGCCGCGGUGCGCGGCGCGCGGGAGCUGCGGCUGCCCCGGCACGGCGAGACGUACGUCGUGGGGUGCCCCAACCUGGUGAUCCGCCUCCUCCCGUCCCCCGGCGUCGACUGGGCCGGCGACGUCCGCGUCGUCUGCGCCGAGUCCGGGCUCGAGGCCGCGCUCAGCUACUGCCGGACCCGCCGCUCGUUCCUCGGGUUCGGCGGCGGCGACGCCCGGUGCGUCAGGGGCAGGAUCUUUCGGUCUGCCGCGCCUGAGGAGACGCUGUGCGAGGUCGAUGGGUUCUGGGACCGGCAGGUCUCGAUCAAGGACGUCGCUACUGGUGAGGUCUCCGUGCUCUACGACGCACAGCGCGCCACUGGUAACCUCGCCACGCCCGUCGUACAAGACCCAAAGGGCGUGUCGGCCUCGGAGUCCGCGGUGGUCUGGGGCGAGGUGAGCGACGCGAUCCUGAAGAAGGACUGGGAGACAGCCCGGCAAGCGAAGCGGCGAGUGGAGGACACGGCGAGGAGGCUCGCCAAGGAGAGGAACGACAGGGGGGAGGUGUGGACGCCCAAGCACUUCUCGCUGUCGCAGAACAAAGACGGCGACUGGGAGUGCUGGCCGCUGGAGGAGACGGUGCCGCCGGCGCCUAUUAUCGUCCCCUCCUCCUCAUCCUCCUCAUGA